CACACCAAAGAAUAAUAGCUCACUAUAAAAUCUUAAGAACCAACUCCUUUCUUCUCCACAAUAAACCAUCUUUCAAAACACUUCAAAGCAAUGGCAAAGCAAAUACUCUACGCUCUCUUUCUAUUCCUCUUAUCUACGACUAUGGAGCUCACCACGGCGUCCUCCGCCGCAGCUGCAGGAACUUCCAAACGCGCAGUAAACUUCAUUCAAGCCUCUUGCAAAUCCACCACUUACCCAACCAUCUGCUUCAGUUCUCUCUCCGGCUACGCCAACUCCAUCCAAACAAGCCCUCAACGUCUAGCUGAAACCGCACUCACCGUUACCGUAAGCCAGGCCCAGUCCACGAAAGUCUUCGUCUCACGCUUGGCCCGUUUCAAGGGUCUCAAGAAACGAGAGGUUCAAGCCAUUAGGGACUGCAUCGAGGAGAUCAGUGACACGGUUGACCGUUUGACCAAGUCCGUCCAAGAAGUGAAGAUGUGUGGCCGCGCUAAGGGCCGAGACCAGUUUUGGUUCCACAUGAGCAACGCUCAGACUUGGACGAGCGCAGCUUUGACGAAUGCAAUCACUUGCUCCGAUGGAUUCGCACGUAGGAUCAUGGAUGGGCGGAUCAAGAACUCGGUCCGGGCACGGAUCGUGAAUUUGGGCAGAGGAACCAGCAACGCUUUAGCUUUGAUUAACGCCUUUGCAAAAAAAUACUAGUAACUAAUACACGUAACUUUUCUAUGUUC